GAAUGAAUGUAAAAAUCUGGUCUCCUUUUAUCAAUACCGUUUCUCUCUCGCCGGAAUAUUCUUGCUACUUCGUCUCCUUAUCGUCCCCCACCGUCACAUAUUCACCGUUUCUCGUUAAUUUCGGAUAAGGAAGAUGCCGGACGUCCAAUCAACGGUGGUGGAAUUCGUUAACAAGCUCAGAAAACGUAAGAUCGAGGGCUCACAGGCUACAGCCAAAUGCACCGUAGAGCUACUUAGGUCAGUAAUUUCGCAUCAGCGAGUGCCUCACGCAAACCAAGCUGCAGCUCUUAUCGAUGCUGUGAAAGCCGUUGGUGAGCAAUUGGUCGCUGCUAAUCCUGUUGAGCUUGCGGUGGGAAAUGUAGUUAGACGGGUUUUGCAUAUUAUAAGGGAGGAAGAUCUUUCUCUAACUACGGCAGCUAUGGGUGGUUUGGACUUGUUGGAUGCAAGUGAUGAUGAUGAUGUAGAUAAUUGCAAAGGAAUUGGGUAUCCUGCAAUGUCUGCAGCAGUUGUUGCAGCUGCUGCUAGGAGUACGUUACGCCCUCCAUCUUUGCAAACGCUUCUCGAGGGUACUCCUGAAUCUGCAACUGUUCCAUACACAUCUUCAUCCGGUGCUGAUUCCGAAAGCAAAAGUAAAUCUGCUGAUAAAAGUUCAUUAACUCGAAAGCUGAAGCAUGAUGUUAUCGAAGGAGUGAAUCAACUUAUUCAUGAGAUUGCUGGUUGUCAUGAGCAGAUCGCUGAACAAGCUAUAGAGCAUAUACAUCAGAAUGAGGUGAUCCUAACCCUGGGUAGCUCAAGAACAGUGCUUGAGUUUCUGUGUGCUGCCAAGGAGAAAAAAAGAUCUUUUCGUGUAUUUGUAGCCGAAGGUGCUCCAAGGUAUCAGGGCCAUCUCUUAGCAAAAGAAUUGGUAGCUAGAGGUUUGCAGACCACUGUGAUCACUGAUUCUGCAGUGUUUGCGAUGAUAUCACGAGUGAAUAUGGUUAUAAUUGGAGCUCAUGCAGUGAUGGCUAAUGGUGGGGUUAUAGGACCUGUUGGUGUCAACAUGGCUGCUCUUGCAGCACAAAAGCACGCAGUCCCAUUUGUGGUUCUAGCUGGUAGUCACAAGUUGUGUCCACUCUAUCCUCACAAUCCGGAGGUAUUACUAAAUGAGCUGAGAUCUCCAUCUGAACUGUUGGAUUUUGGUGAGUUCUCUGAUUGCCUGGAUUUUGGAGCUGGCUCCGGGUCUCUUCAAGUUGUCAACCCAACAUUCGAUUAUGUCCCACCAAACCUUGUUAGUCUCUUUAUAACGGACACGGGAGGACACAAUCCAUCCUACAUGUACCGUCUUAUUGCGGACUAUUACUCUGCUGAUGAUUUGAUCUUAGCUUUGAGGCGUCAUGUUUUUCCGUCUUCUAAUGCGUUCUUCUCCGUCUCUUCUCGACCUUCUCAGUUUUCCUCGGAUGAAGUGGCGGCUCACAAUGUUGCAUCUUUACUAAAAAGCCCCAAUUGGGAGAAGAACAGUUCUCUUAAAUCUCUAGUCUCUCACAUGAGCCCAAAUGUCGCUUCACAGGUCAUUUCGCUUCAACACAGUGACAACGACAUUUGCGUUCGCUUUUUCAUGUGGGUCUGCAAGCAUUCGUCGUAUUGUUUUGACCCAGCUCAGAAAAAUCACCUUUUGAAACUGAUUGUUUCUUCCGGAUUGUAUCGAGUUGCGCAUGAUGUUAUUGUUGCGUUGAUCAGGGAAUGUAGUAGAUGCGAGAGAGAGAUGUUGAAACUAAUGGGUUGUUUUCAUGAGCUGAGAGAGGUUUCUGGGUUCCGGUUAAAUUACCCUUGUUACAGCUCUCUUUUGAUGUCCUUGGCUAAACUUGAUUUAGGAUAUUUGGCUUACGUGACUUACAGAAGAAUGGAAGCUGAUGGAUUUGUUGUUGGUAUGAUUGAUUAUAGAACCAUUGUCAAUGCUCUGUGUAAGAAUGGAUACACGGAAGCCGCUGAGAUGUUCAUGUGUAAGAUUCUUAAAAUUGGGUUUGUGUUAGAUUCCCAUAUAGUCACUUCUUUGUUGCUGGGUUUUUGCCGUGGAUUGAAUCUUAGAGAUGCACUCAAGGUGUUUGCUGUAAUGUCUAGGGAGGGAACUUGUUCACCAAACUCUGUUAGUUACUCCAUUUUGAUUCACGGGUUGUGUGAAGUAGGGAGACUUGAAGAAGCCUUUGGCUUAAAAGAUCAAAUGGGUGAGAAAGGUUGCCAACCAAGCACACGUACAUAUACUGUGCUCAUUAAAGCCUUGUGCGAUAGAGGUUUGAUUGAUAAAGCUUUUAACUUGUUUGAUGAGAUGAUUGCUAGAGGGUGCAAACCAAACGUUCACACUUACACCGUUUUGAUUGAUGGGUUGUGUAGAGACGGAAAGAUUGAAGAGGCUAAUGGGGUUUGUCGAAAGAUGGUUAAAGACGGGAUAUUUCCCAGUGUAAUAACUUACAAUGCGUUGAUAAAUGGCUACUGCAAAGAUGGACGGGUUGUUCCCGCUUUUGAGCUUCUUACUGUAAUGGAGAAGAGGGCUUGCAAACCAAAUGUAAGAACUUUUAACGAGCUUAUGGAAGGGUUGUGUAGAGUUGGGAAACCGUACAAGGCCGUGCACCUUUUGAAGAGAAUGCUGGACAAUGGCCUGUCACCUGACAUUGUGAGCUAUAAUGUUUUGAUCGAUGGGCUUUGUAGAGAAGGCCAUAUGAAUGUGGCGUACAAGCUACUUACCUCGAUGAACUCCUUUGACCUUGAGCCUGAUUGUCUUACAUUCACCGCUAUAAUAAAUGCUUUCUGCAAACAAGGGAAGGCUGACGUUGCUAGCGCGUUCUUAGGUUUGAUGCUUAGAAAAGGAAUAAGCCUAGAUGAAGUAACAGGUACAACUCUUAUUGAUGGUGUCUGCAAAGUUGGUAAAACCCGUGACGCAUUUUUUAUCCUGGAGACGUUGGUUAAAAUGAGAAUGUUGACAACUCCUCACUCCCUGAACGUGAUUCUUGAUAUGCUCAGUAAAGGUUGUAAACUGAAGGAGGAAUUAGCAAUGCUUGGGAAAAUCAAUAAGCUUGGUUUAGUUCCUUCUGUAGUGACUUACACAACAUUGGUUGAUGGGUUGAUUCGAUCAGGUGAUAUUAGCGGUUCCUUCAGGAUGCUAGAACUGAUGAAGUUAAGUGGUUGUUUGCCGAAUGUCUAUCCAUACACAAUCAUCAUCAAUGGUCUUUGUCAAUUUGGGAGAGUCGAGGAAGCAGAGAAGCUUCUUUCUGCUAUGCAAGAUUCAGGAGUUUCACCAAACCAUGUUACUUAUACCGUUAUGGUGAAAGGAUAUGUCAAUAAUGGAAAACUAGACCGUGCUCUUGAAACAGUAAGAGCAAUGGUUGAAAGAGGAUAUGAACUAAAUGACCGUAUCUAUUCUUCUUUGCUACGGGGAUUUGUCUUAUCUCAAAAAGGUAUUGAUAAUGCAGAUGAGAGCACUGUUUCUGAAAUUGCUCUUAGAGAAACCGAUCCUGAAUGUAUCAAGGAACUCAUAUCUGUGGUAGAACAACUUGGUGGGUCUACCAGCGGGUUAUGUAUUUUCUUGGUCACACGGUUAUGCAAAGAGGGAAGAACGGAUGAGUCCAACGGUCUAGUCCAAACUAUACUCAAGAGCGGUGUUUAUCUCGAGAAGGCCAUCGACAUCAUCAUGGAAUCUUAUUGCAGCAAGAAGAAACACACCAAGUGUGUGGAGCUGAUAACACUUGUUCUCAAAUCCGGGUUUGUCCCGAGUUUCAAAUCCUUCUGCCUAGUGAUUCAAGGUUUGAAGAAGGAAGGAGAUACAGAGCGGGCGCGUGAGCUCGUAAUGGAGCUUCUAACCUCAAAUGGAGUUGUAGAGAAAAGUGGAGUGUUGCCUUAUGUUGAGUGUCUCAUGGAAGGAGAUGAAACUGGUGAUUGCAGUGAAGUCAUAGAUUUGGUGGAUCAAUUGCACAGCAGAGAAAGACCCACCUUCUAAAACUAUUACUCUUAAGAUUUUGUAUAGCUUUUUUUGCUUGUACGAAGAGGAUAAUCCUUUUGAAUGUAUAAAGUGUGGAUGAGAACCUCGUACAGUACAGUAUAUUAAUCAAUCGUGUGCUUGAUUUUGUUGAAUAGAAAGUUUAGUACUUG